UCCCACACGCUUGCUUCUUAUCUUUUCAUUCUUUUUCAGCACCUAAUAUUCUUGUAGAAAUUUAAGUCCAUGCAAGAAACAAUGCCUACUCCUCCUCCUCUGAAGGUGUUGAUUGAAGAGAUGGAGUCAUCAAUGGAAGAUGUUCCUUCGGUUUUCAUCUGUCCCAUCUCGCUGGAGCCAAUGAGAGACCCAGUCACACUCUGCACCGGCCAAACCUACGACAGGUCCAACAUCCUCAAAUGGUUGUCCCUCGGCCACAACACUUGUCCUACCACCAUGCAACACCUUUGGGACCUCUCCCUCACCCCCAACACCACCCUCCACCGCUUCAUCCUCACAUGGUUCUCUCACAACUACUUCUCCAUCAAGAAAAGCCUCCAAGACGUUCAACGCACAGCCUUUCACCUCUUGGAAUCACUCAACAAGGUUAAGGGUCAAGCAAGAGUUAAAUCCCUCAAGGAACUUCGCCACCUCCUUCAUUCUCACGCUUCAAUAAGGAAGACAGUUGUGGAACACAACGGACUUGCCUUGGUUUCUUCCUUGUUAGGUCCUUUCACUUCCCAUGCUGUUGGCUCAGAAGCCGUUGGAAUACUCGUGAAGCUGGACUUGAGUUCAGAGGUUAAGAAGAAUCUGAUGCAUCCAUCAAAAGUGUCGUUAUUGGUGGAUAUCAUGAACGAGGGAACCGUUGAAACAAAGAUGAACUGUGCAAAGUUGAUUGAGAUAUUGUUGUUAGAAGGACACGUGUCAAGCCUGAGUCUGUUGGUGGGUUUGUUGAGGUUAGUUAGAGACAAGAAACACCCAACUGGGGUGGUCUUGAACGGCCUCAUGCUGAUCAAGAUGAUGUGCGGUUCCCAAGAAUCAGUUAGAACUUCCAUUGUGAGAAUCGGAGCGGUGCCGCAGCUGGUGGAUCUAUUGCCAACACUAAACGAUGAGUGCUUGGAAAUAGCGCUGUUUAUUCUGGAGGUGGUGUCGACGAUUCCAGAAGGAAGAAUGGCGUUGAAAGAUUGUCCCAAUGUUGUGAUUAAUGUGGUGAAGUUGUUGAUGAGAGUCUCUGAGAGGUGCAAGCUAUUUGCGCUUUCGAUAUUGUGGGCUAUUUACAAGCUUGCGCCGGAACAAUGUGCCUCCGAGGCGGUGGAGGCUGGGUUGGCGGCGAAGCUGCUUCUGGUGAUUCAGAGCGGUUGCAACCCUGUUUUGAAGCACAUGUCUGCUGAGUUCUUGAAAUUGUGCAGUUUGAAUUACUCUGCUAGUAUCUUCAUCUCUAAGUGUAUGCUUACCACAACAAUACAAUGAAUUUUUCCUACAAAAUCUG